AUGGGAUUUAAAAUAUUUAAUAUUUUAUUGCUGUUAUCAAUAUCGUGGCAGCCACCACAUGGAGAGGCUGUGGAAAUACCCGAUGAUGGGAAAUUACGCGUCUGUGUGGUUGAGUCCCGUGGUGCCUAUCGCAAAACUCCCAAAUUCUGUCCCAUUCUGGAGGCCCAAACAAAUAUGGAGUGUGUGGUGGGAGUUGAUCGUUUAGAUUGUGUUCGAAAAAUCCACAAAGGCACGGCACAUUUUGGUGUGUUAACCUCGGAAGAUUUAGUGGCAGCCCGAUGGGCCAGUGUAGAGAUUUUAGUCACGAGUGAGCUGAGAUCGCAUAGUUCGCACUUCGAAUAUGAAGUUGUGGCGGUGGUCGAUAAUGAAGCGGAAAUUCACACGGUACAUGAUUUGCGAGGCGCCAAAUUGUGUCAUCCUGGUUAUGGCCUGGGCAGUCAUUGGACUGAGGUGUUGGCUAAUUAUUUUGAAUCCGCCAUGGUCACAAAAUCCUGUGACCCCGACAUCUCAAUUACCGAGGAUCGUAUUCGCUCUUCUGCCCAUUUCUUUGGCCCCAGCUGCAAGGCUGGUCCAUGGGUCCCCGAUCCCAAACAAGAUCGCCAAUUGAAGAACAGAUACCCCUCCCUGUGUCAAAUGUGCUACGACUCUUAUAGAUGUGAUGUUGGGGAUAAACAUUGGGGUAGGCGGGGUGCUCUGUAUUGCCUCACCAGUGGUGGGGGUAAUGUGGCCUGGGCCAGGCUCGAUGAUGUGCGCAGUCAUUUUGGGCUCACAGGUCUCCCUAAGCAAGCAGAACCCUCGGAGUACAGCUACUUGUGUCCUGAGGGUCAUUUACAGCCCAUCAAUUCCACCAAACCCUGCGUUUGGGUUGCCAAACCCUGGCCGGUUAUUGCCGCCCGCCGCACUCAUGCCGCCCAGAUACAAAAUAUCGUAACCGGCCUGAACCAUGACUCACCGAAUAGCUGGCAGAAUGCCCUCCUUAGCCUGCUGGAAAAUUUCCAUGUCGAUAUCGUGCCGUUGGAUAAU